ACGAGAAAAACACCGAUUCCAGCAACGCCGCGAAAAAAGUGUGUGUCGCGAAUUUUGUUCAAUUUAUUUGCUUUUUCUGCUACUUUCUGCCACCUGGCCGCACCCGCGCGCAACCAUGGCGGACGAAGGGAACGAGGACAGCUGGUUGUACGGCAAUUCGGGGCAGGAUGGGCUGGCGAGCGACUCGGCCGCAACUGCCGACGCUGAUCCGGCUGCGAGCGGCAAAAACAACAACGCGCUGUGGGACGAACAGGAAGACUCGCAAACCGCAACCGGAGACGCCGGCGGCCUCGAUGCGGAUGGCAAACGGCGCGGUUCAAACGAUCUCGGCAGUGGAGCACCGGACGGCGCGAAUGGACACUCGACGCGGGAGCAGCAGUGCGACGACAAUGCGAUGGAUUCGAGCGAUCUGCGUCAGCCGGACGGGGCGGAACUGGACGAGGGACAGGACGAUUCGCACCUGAUGGAUGACGAUCGCACGGAAAGUGUGCUGCGGGAGGAAGAAAGAGCGUCGAAGCGCGAUGAAGCGGAAAAGGGUGAGGGUGGUGAGAUAGCUGGCGAUGGCGAGAAGGCGGGAGAGAAGAGCAAAGCGGAUGCGGCCGAUGGAAAGGAUAAGGCGGACGAGGGCGCGAAGGAUAAGGGCGGCUUGAGCGACAUGGAAAGCGAUAUCGACAGUGACGAGGAUGACGACAUUAACGUCGUGAUUGGAGACAUCAAGUCGGGUCCGAGCUACAACAUCAUUAAACAGCGCGGCCCGAUCAUGCCCAACCAGCAGGCUGCCAAUGCGGCCGGUGUGACGGACAAAACGAAGCAACCGGCUGGGAAGUUUAGCAUGGAAGAGUUUGAGAGCGUGGGCAUGAUCAAUGGCGUGCCGGCGCACGAGUUCAGCAUCGAUUCGCUAGACGAGAAGCCGUGGCGCAAGCCGGGUGCCGACAUUACGGACUACUUCAACUACGGCUUCAACGAGGAAACGUGGCGAUCGUACUGCGAGCGGCAGAAGCGCAUGCGACAGCACGAGAGCGGCGUCGGCAUGGCGGGACUGACGAUAAACAACCCACAGGCGGCACCGCCCAUGGGCAUGAUGCGUGACAUGCGACGGUCGGGCGGUCCGAUGGGCGGUGGCCCGAUGGGAGGUCCGCGCAAGAUGAACGGCCCGAUCGAGGUGAUCGGUGGCGGGCCCGGCGGACCGAUGGGCGGUGGCGGCCCCAUGGGUGGCGGAGGCGACCGGGGCGACAGAAGACAGCGCGACGACGGUAUGGGAAUGUCGAGCCAGCCGAAGGAGAACGUCAUUCAGGUGAUGACGGCCGAUCGGCGGGAGUACAGCCGGACGGUGGUUGGAAACAAGUACGAUCCACCGAUGGGUGGUGGGCCGCCCGGGUUCGGUGGCGGACCGCCGGACUUUUACCACCAGGAACCGGAUUACGGCGACUACUACGAUCCGAUGCAGGAAUCGCAGUGGGGCAACGACAAUGGCAAUUGGCAACCGUCCGGCAUUAAAACGCUCACACCCUUGCCGCCGAUGAUGCACCCGAACAUGGGUGGCAUGGGUGGCCAGCAGCAGCACAUGGACAUGAUGGGUGGCGGCGGCGGUGGUGGUGGUGGAGGUGGUGGCGGCGGCGGCGGCGGCGGCGAGCGGAUGGUAAUGCCACCGCCCCAGCAGAUGCAGCAGGGCAUGGGCGGUGGUCCGGGUAUGGGCCAGGGUGGCGGUGGCCGGCUGCACCCGCCCGGCAUGGGUCCGGGCGGACCGCGCGGUGGUGACAUGCGCAAUCCCAACGAUCGCAAGCGUGGCGAUCCGCGCGAACGCGACCGUGAUCGAGAACCGCCGCGCAGAGAUCGGGAACGGGAUCGUGGACGGGAUCGGGAUCGUGAGCACGAGCGGGACCGUGACCGGGAUCGCGAGCGAAAGGAACGUGAAAGGGCGGGCGAUCAUCGAUCCGAACGGGAGUCUGGACUCGUCCCGCCAAAGGAAGAGAUGGUGGUGGAUCCAAUUCUUGGGCCCGUAGCUGUGGUUCCGCCUGGACCACCGCAGACGGCCGGUUCCUCAUCGUCCUCAUCGCGCGACGACAAAGACAAACGUUCCGCCAAACCGGAUCGUCACAAGGAACGCAGCAGCCACCGUGAACGAUCCCGCAGCCGCGAACGAUCCAAAUCGAGACGGUCCGACCGGAGCAGGGAGCGGGAGCAGCGAGAGCGACACAGUCGCGAUAAGAAAAAGUCCCACCGGAAGGACAAAGAGGACGGAGAAUGAGCGGCACCGAGCGGGUGACGGCGGCGGCGGCGACGGUGUUCGUCAUUGGAGGACACAAAAGUAAUGGAAUUUAGCAUUGUAAGCAGUGGCUCGCUGCGAAGGCGGGCUGAGAUAGGGCAAGAUUCGUAUUCGGUUCGAGGAAGACAGGCAAACUCUUUAAGCAUAUACAUCGGUACGUUAGAUGUAAGAUGGAUGUAUCGUACAAUUGUGUAGAUAAAAUACAAAUCAGCGCAAAACGUGGA